UCCCGCGUCUGUGCACAUGUGAAAGUUUGUUCCAGUCGGUCGCCCGUCUUGCGGUGCGUGUUUGGCGCGUCUUUCCAAACUUCUUCCCGCCUUAGAAGCCCCUUCUUGAAGACAAAACAUGAGCAGCAUGCUGAACUCAGACGUUGGUUCAAGCAACCACAAGGGAACGACAACAUACGACGUUUUUGUGGGCGGUCUGCCGGACACAGCUACAGACAGGCAAGUCAACACCAGGUACAAAGACUUUGGAGAGAUCCACUCCAUAGCCUUGAUCAAAGGGAAAUACCCGGGCACCAAAGUCGCGUUUGUGAGGUACUUCAGUAAGCUGGAUGCUGAGAAGGCUGUGCAAGAAACCAAUGGGGAGAUCUUUGAAGGCAAAUUUCUCAUGGUGAGGCGCACUCAGGUUCGGGAACAAUCAUCUGAGGAGAAUAACAACAGGCCUUUGCCAGGAAAAGGCAACUGGAACAUGAACAAGGAAAACCAGCGAAGGACUGUCACUGGAACAAAUGGGUCUAUGGCUGUGGCACAAGGGGGAAUUUCCCAGCUUGAGGAGAGGCAAGUGUUUGUGACCCAGGUUGAGGAUGUCUGCACAUUUUGGGGGCAGAACAUGAAGGUUGGAGAGAAGAUAGUGCAGUUCUCAGCAGAGCUGCAAGGGGUCUGUGCCCAGGGGAGACCUCUCACUACUCCCCCACAGCCCAGUCAGCUGUAUGGUGCUAAGUUUUCAGAAGACCAGCAGUGGUACAGAUGCAGGGUCAUUAACAUGGUAUCAGAUGAUCAGGCUUUGGUACAGUAUGUAGACUACGGGAACAGGGAGACAGUCCAGUGGCGGGAGAUACGCCAGCUUCCCAUUGACUUUGCCUCACUACCUCCGUAUGCUGAGAGCUACCGACUCUCAGGGAUGGUGUCUACUGGUCAGGAACAAGCACAGGGCAUUGCCCACCUGAGGUCUCUGAUAGAAUACCAGGCUGUACAGGUGAAGGUGCGCGCCACACCUGAGGACGGACCAAUCGAAGCUGAGGUCAUGGUGGACGGGGUCAAGGUCAGCCAAUCCAUGGUGGAGAAAGGGUUCAUAGGUCAACGACCUGUGAAACAGCCCCCUGCGAAACACAGUCCCGAAAUAGUGGACAGGGUGAUGGCAAAGGGAGACACCGGUAUAGCUAGCCGUGACAGAGAAGCACUGGACCAGCUACAGACCCUAAAAGCCAAGCUUGGAGACAUGGAGGGUCGCAUCAAACUAUUCGUUCAAGAGAGACACAAUCUUCAGGACCAAAUAAAUAAGCAACACAAGCUGCUGCAGCUCCAAGUCCAGGAGAUCCAGGAGAAAGAAAAGAGACUGGAAGAAGCACAGAUCCAGCUACAGGAGAGAGACGCAGCCCUGGUACAGCUGAGGACGGACAUCUGUGAGAAGGACAGACUGAUAGAGAACAGCCUCUCACACCAGGUACAGGCCGUCUCAGCGCAGGUGAAGAAAGUACAAGUCAGCAGGAAAGAAAUGCCGGUGGAGCAGGAUGUCCCUGACCCCAUCCAGCAGGCCAUCACCAUGGUAACAGACAAAACACAGCGGAUUGGCCCUGCCGACAUCCAGACUGUGGUGAGGGUGUCAGAAGCACUGGGGAAACUCAAGGGACUGCAGGAACAGAUCAGCUCAUGUAGUCAGGAGGAUGAAACUCUGACCACCCUGAUAUCUGCGAGGAACGACGCGCGUUGUGACGCCCACACCGCGAUCACAGAGUGUAUCCAGGAGAUGCAGAGUCUUCCGCUCCACUCUCGUCUCUCUUCUCUCCAAGACACGGUCGUGAGCAUCGAACAGACCUACCAGAAAUAUGUGACAAAUGAGGUGAAGUUUGUCGGCAAGGCUAGCACCGAGACGUUCCAGUCUUUCAUGGAGUGGCGUGGUCUACCUAUGGCCUACAGAGUAACAAAACUGACCCAGAAAGUCCAGAACCUCCAGUCUCUGCGCAGAGCAACCAACCAACACUGUAAGGAGGUGUGCCAGGAGUUACAGGCAGUGGUGCAGUUCCUGAGCAGCCUGUUGACAGGAGAGACAGGUAACGACGUGGAGACAGGCGCUGCAGGGUCAGACCUGGCGGAGCUGCUUUCUGAUUUUGGCCAGGUCAUGCAGCAGGAGCUGGCAGAUGCACAGGUGGAGGAGGGAGCUGACCUGAAGCUGAUGACAGCUGUGGUGAACAUGCUGCUGAACGACCUACGGGGGGAGAUGGCAGACAUACACAAACUACAGGGUCUGCUAGCGCGUAAUGUGAAGUGCCGUGAUGACAUGACUCGCUGGCUGACCUCCCAGCCAGACCUGGAGCCCCUCAGGCAGGUGAAGAAGGAGAUCAGAGCGAUCAAGUCAGAGAUAAGGCACAAGAUGGCCGACAAACAGGACCUGGAGGAGGAGGGUGUUACAGGUGCGCAGCUGCAGCAGGUGGAGCUGCACCUGAUGGACCUGAGAGAGAAGAUCCAGGUGGCAUUCAGCCGGGAGCAUCAGCUACUGGGAGAGGCAGCCACACACGCCGGGUCACACUUCCCAGAGCUGCCCCUUCUGUAUCCUGAACUCAACCUGGGGACUUUCAUGGAGAGUGAUGGGCUUGUGAAGGUUGGAUGGGAGCUGGACCACUACAACAUGUCCCCAGUCCCCCUAGCGCUCACCAAGGGAACUGCACCCUACUCUGCCGCAGUCCUCACCACUUUCAACCACAAGCCGGUGGUGAUAAAGGAGUACAUGAUCGAAGGAGGCGAGGGGUGGGAGAGAGCUAAGAAAACCGUCUUGGCGAGGGCUAAGGAGUUCCAUAGUUUCAAGCAUCCUAGUCUUAUAGCUGUGGAGGCUGUCUUCUUCAGUAAGACCAUGAGGCAGAUGUAUGUGCAGAUGCCGUAUUACCUGGGGUCCAGCCUGAUAGAGCUACAAGACUCCAACCCUCUCAACAACAUGGAGACCUUCCUGGUGUUGAAGGGAGUACUGGAAGGGUUAUACCAUUUGCACAGUAGGGGUGUGUGCCAUGGUGCUGUCACCCCUCAGUAUGUACUUGCACCAGGCCGGACAGAGGGCAUCCUGGACAACUAUGACUUCGCCAAGACGGCGACACAGCGUGUAGCCACACCGUACCAGACCCCCAACGGCCUGAGUUUCGUCCCUCCUGAGGUUGGGAGAGGUGAGCCGGCAUCAGCUGCCUCUGACAUGUACCAGUUUGGUGUGCUGGUACUGUGGAUGUGUCAUCCCACUAACAGUUUCAAUAGCACAGAUGCUGGAGUGCCAAGCCUCAAGGACAUCAGCUUGGCUGCUGAGCAUAGAGAGUUCCUCCCCCGACUGCUGCAGGCCAACAGUACUGCCAGACCCUCAGCCGAGACCCUUCUCCAGCUCAAGUUCUUCAAGGAACCUCCUGCAAAACUCCCACCGCCGAUCGAACACAAGAGCCCUGCCCUUCUUCCCAGUCUGGUCCAGGAUUUGGGCAGUAGCCAUGUAGCAGAGGAGAGCACACGACAUGACCUGGCAGCUACCAGCCUGACAGACCAACCAUCUCCAACUGUAGCAGCAACCAAGGCAGCCUACACAGCUCCAAGUCUGGGUACUUCACUGCCAACUGCUAGUGAAGCCCCAGUAGCUUCUCCUAGAGCUGCACCAGGCCUUCCCCAGCCCCUGAGUCCUGUAUUAAAGGACCGUCCUGCCUCCUUGAUCAGACCAGCCUCUCCGCUGCUUGCCUCCAGCCUCAGUAGUGAGAGAUCAACACAGGUCAGCCCUGUCUCUGACACUGCAGCAGUCAUCAAGGAAACAGGUGAGAAGAUUGUGCCAAACUCACCUGGUAUGGCAAAGGAAGAAGCUGACAGCAGUGCUGGGCAGAAGAAAUCUUGCACAGAAGGAGAGAAGGUCCCUGGUCUGUCGCUUGCGUCUCAAGAAAUCCUGAAGCAGCAGCAACUCAACAUCUUGAAGGAGAAAGGGGCAAACGUUCUGAUCCAGUACGGGGUCUCAUCACCUGAUGUCACACUCACAGACUCAGAACCAGCAUCCAACCUGCCUGCUGACUCUGACACCCCUGAAACGUCCCUAGACUCAGCUGUACCCCCCUCUACACCCCCCACGGCCAGGCGUUUGACAUCAGUGCUCACCUCUUCCAUGCGGGCCUCCAUGGAGGCUGCCUACCAGUCCCUCGGUCUGAUGAUGUCACCCACGAAGAAGUCCUCUAACUCCAGCCAGCUUUCGUCUACAUCGGGUGGGAACAGCAGUGUGUCAGGCUUGGAGGAGAGCCCAGCUACAGAGUCCACAGACCUGGAGGUAUCCAUGGCAGCUACCAGUUCCCCAGCCUCACUCUCCCCUCCCCCCUCUCCUCUUCGGACAACACCAGAAAUGGUGGAACAACAGUCCUUCUUCAAAACAUCACCAGAGAUCUUGUCCCCCCUGAGAGUUGGACUGGGCAGUCUGUCCUCCCAGCUGAAAGGCAGCCUGCCAUCUUCCUACUACAGUCCUAACGGUGACAUGUCAGCCACGGUGACUGAUACACGACUGGAUGGGCCUGAUCACUGUGAUGGAACAGAGCAGGAGCCACUCUGA